AUGACAAAUUAUUAUCAAAAGUCGUCCCAAGAACCCGACCAUCCUUUGAUUGCACCUCCUUCCAAUUUUGCCAUUGAUAUUUUCGAGAAUCUUAUUGAUGAUGAUAUUCAACAACUAACGCCUAAUAAUGAACUUUACACCUUUGAAAUUUAUUCUUCAACAGAUUCAAAUAUCCAUGACUUUGAUUUUAAUGUACCAAGCCCUGACGAUAUUGUUUUUGAUGCACGUAAUCAAAAGGGAGUCGUUUUUGAUGUUGAUAAGAAAGAUGCUGCCAGCUCGCAAGUAUUAUCACGAGUUGAAAAAGAACUCUGGGAAAAGCUUCUUCCUCAUCAAAAAGAAGGAGUCGUUGAAAUGGUGAUCAGAGAGGGCCGUGCUUUAUUAAGCGAUGAACAAGGACUCGGCAAAACCAUGCAAGCUCUUACAUUAUGCUCAUACUAUAGGGCAAACUGGCCAGUUUUAAUUGUUUGUCCUAAAUCUGUUUUACAUGUCUGGAAAGAAGAAAUCAUCACGUGGUUAAAAAUACCUGAAACUCAAAUAGAGAUCAAUGAUGGUAGAAAAUUAAAAAACAAAAAAAGUAAUCGCGUCAAUUUUGUAAUCUGCGGAUAUGAAAGGUUUUCAAAAGAGUCUGGCCUUUUAGCAAAAAAUUACAAAUUUGAUAUAGUUAUUGCAGAUGAAGCUCACAACAUCAAAGAUCCAACGACUCUAAAAGCACGUGCUUUAAUUCCUAUGAUUAAGCAAGCAAAACAUUCCAUCUUGAUCACUGGAACGCCGAUUCCAAACAGACCAAUUGAAAUCUUUUCUUUGUUAAAUUCUCUUGAUCCUGUGAUCUUUUCAAAUGAAAUGGAAUUUGCGCUUAGAUAUUGUGGUGCUUUCAUGGACAACUUCAAAAGGUGGAUCAAAACUGAUGAGCUUAAUGCCGUGUUGAGAAAAACAGUAUUGAUCAGGCGAUUAAAAUCUGAUGUUUGUUCUGAUCUACCACCAAAAGAACGCGAGACAGUAUUCUGUGAUAUAAAGCCAGAUCUAAAAGAUAAAAUAACAUUAUUACUGGAAAAUAGCAAGGAUUCAUUUGACAAAGCAUGCAAUUCAUUAAAUCAAAAUGACUCUGAAAAAAAUACAAAAAAAUCCAGAGACAAAUUAUCUGAAAUUUAUUCACUCACUGGCUACGCUAAAUCUCCAUUCAUUGUAAACUAUGUCAAAGAUUUAUAUGAAAACACUGAUAAAAAAUUCAUUAUCUUCGCCUAUCACAAAAUGGUCCUUGAUGAUAUAGAGGAUUGUAUAAAAACUUAUAAUUCCAAAUCCUAUAUACGUAUUGACGGCGAUACAAAAUCAAACGACAGGCGAAUGUUUUGCAACAGAUUUCAAGCAAAUGACGAAACAAGAGUUGCAUUAUUAUCAAUCAUGGCUGCAAAUACUG